AUGGGAAUGGAGGAGUCGGCGGGGGGCGCCGCGAGGCAGGCCAAGGAGUCGCUGGAGCUGGCGUUCCAGAUGUCCCAGAUCCUCGACACCGGCCUCGACCGCCACACCCUCUCGCUGCUCAUGGCGCUCUGCGACCGCGGCGCCAACCCGGAGGCCCUCGCCGCCCUCGUCCGCGAGCUCUCCUCCACCGCUCCCCCGGCCCCCGCCACCCCCACCGCGCCCGCCUCCAACGUCGUGGCGGCCCCGACCGCUCCCUCGCUGUUCCCCUCCGGCUUUCGCCAGCUCUAG